UGACUAUGUAUUAUUAAAUAAUUAUCUGACAUUUGAAAGAGGAAUUGUCAAUUAUUCUCCGCUCAAACAUUGAAGUUCAAAUAAAAAUUGACUUUUAACUGAUCUGCACAAUUUAACAUGCGAUUUCUCAAGGACUUGUUCGUCUGGAUUUGUUUCUACUUUUUAACAGUACUUACUUUGUUGUUAUGGAUUAAGCUGAUGACAUAUUUGUAUUAAACGAUGUCGAGGCUCCAGACAGUCCGGAGAUUGUUCACCAUGACUUCGGCGAAGCCCACUUCCUCCGAGGUGCUGACCUGCUACAUCAGACAGUGCAACGAGCCGCCGUGGACCUCGUAUUUUGUCAAAUACAGCAGCAUUGUAGACGAUCAGUGGGGUGAGUCGCACUUUAACUGGAAAGUGGGCAAUUCGAAUUAUCACAUUUUGCGCACCGGAUGUUGGCCCUACAUUAAAUACCAUUGUUCGAAACGACCCGAAGCCAAUCUCAAGAUUGAGGAUUUAUUUUUCCGUUUGUUAAAGGCAGUGCACUUAGGAAUUCCCUGUUUGAUGUACGGUUUGGCCGCUAUAGUUUUCAUCACUCACACGGAGGAAGUUAUCACUCCAAAGGGGAAAGUUAUGAUUUACUUUUUAUUGCCCGAAGACAAAGGUUCUCAAUUUUAGUUUACAUGAGGUACAUUUUGUCUCAAGCUGUUUAUGUACAAUAGUUAUAUAAAUAAAUAAAUAAUUUACAAAUAA